AUGUCGUGGGCAUUACCAUCUGUUAACACCAAUCGGCAACAAUCUUCUAGCUCGUUGACGCACCCAAUUGCUACAGAAAAUCCGAUCCCAAUUCCAAACCCUAAUCCCACAGCGACUUCAACAAAUGUUGCGAAUUCAGUCCACUUCGAUCCGAGUGAUAGCACCAGUCUGUAUUUCCUCCACGCAAAUGAGAGCCCGGCGCUGGAACUGGUCUCAUCUGUGUUGGACGGAAGCAAUUAUCAUGAGUGGGCGAGAACAAUGAAGAUUGCUCUCUCAUCCAAGAACAAACUCGGAUUCGUGAACGGUAUGAUCAAGAUGCCUAGCUCAGAUGACCGGAAAUUCUUUUUUUGGGAGCGUUGCAACAACAUGGUUGUGACCUGGAUUGCUCGUGUGCUCUCUCCAACCAUUGCUCGAAGCGUUCUUUGGAUUGAUACAGCAGAAGGAGUGUGGCUAGACCUACAGAAAAGAUUCAGCAAGCAAGCUGUGUUCAGAAUAGCAAAAAUUCAGGCAAGAAUUUAUCAAACAAAGCAAGAUAGUAGUACUGUAAAUGAGUAUUUUACUAGAUUAAAAUUGCUUUGGGAUGAGCUAUCCAUUUUGAGACCUGCACCUGCCUGCAUUUGCCCUCAGAAAUGCAAAUGCAGUGACAACUAUAUAGGCAAAGCUGUGACAAAUUUUGAAAAUGACAUGUUGUGUGCUUUUCUUAUUGGCCUUGAUGAUAAGUACACUGGGACAAGGAAUCAAAUAAUGUUGAUGAGACCAUUGCCAGAUGCAGGAGAGGCUUUUUCUAUGAUCUCUCAACAAGAAAGGCAGUUUUAUACAAGCCUUAACAAUCCCAUCAGUUUUCUUGGGCAUUCUGCUGAUAACCAAACAGGCAGUGCCAUGCUUACUAGAGGAGAUAGACAGUACUCAAACAACAAACCAAAGGUGGUGUGUAGCUAUUGUGGAUUCACAGGACACUCCAUCGACAAGUGCUACAAGAAACAUGGCUAUCCUCCAAGAGGGAAAAGAACACUCCCCUGGAGAUAA